AAAAAUAUAUCGGAUGUUGAUAUGGAAAAUCUUAAGUUGUAUCUCCUUGGUCUUGGCGUUAUUAUUUAUAAACAAUAUGACUCAGUCAUAAUGAAAGGCUUUGACGUCGAAAUGCCCGAAGAAUAUGUGUCAGUUUUGUCAGAAGAUAAAAAUGUACAGUCAGUGGAACCGGAUCAAAUUGGUUAG